AUGGGGAAGAAAAAGAAGCAAGUAGGAGAAAGAAGGGAAGAUGGUGGAAAUCAAAGCAAAGUGGGAGAUAGCAGCCCCAAAGAAUAUGACAAUGAUACUAUGGUAUUUAUAUCCAUGUCUCAAGAGUUGAAGGAUGAAGGGAACAAGCUGUUCCAAAAGAGGGACCUUGAAGGAGCUAUACUAAAAUAUGAAAAAGCCCUCAAAUUGCUUCCAAGAAAUCAUAAUGAUGUUUCCCAUCUGCGGAGUAACAUGGCUGCAUGUUACAUGCAGAUGGGACUUGGUGAGUACCCAAGGGCAAUUCAUGAAUGCAAUUUGGCUCUUGAAGUAACACCAAAAUAUAGUAAAGCUUUGUUGAAGAGGGCAAGGUGCUAUGAGGCUUUAAAUAGACUGGAUUUAGCUCUGAGAGAUGUUAGUACUGUUUUGAAGAUGGAGCCAAAUAAUCUAAUGGCAUUGGAGAUCUCAGAAAGGGUGAAAACUGUGCUUGAGGAGAAAGGAUUAAGAGUAAACGAUACAGUAAUUGAGUUGCCUCCAGAUUAUGUUGAACCUCCUAAUGCUUUGCCUCCAGAAAAGGUAGUGAAAGAGAAGACACGCAAGAAGAAGAGCAAUAAAGAGGAAGAGAAGGCUCCUGAUAACAAAAUUUUAGAAAAGCAAGCCAAGGAGAAUUUUGAAGAGAAGGCUGAGGAAAGUUUUGUAGUUGUAGAGGAAAAAAGUAAUGGCAAAAGGGAAGAUGUUCCUAAGAAAACAGUAAAACUUAUUUUUGGUGAGGAUAUAAGAUGUGCUGAAUUGAAUGUUAAUUGUAGCCUGUUGCAGUUAAGAGAAGUUAUUUAUGACCGAUUCCCAAGCCUAGGAGCUGUACUUGUCAAAUACAGGGACCAAGAAGGUGAUUUGGUCACAAUCACUUCCGAUGAUGAACUAAGAUGGGCUGAAACAGGAUCUCAUGGUUCUAUCCGGCUUUACAUAGUAGAAGCUACUCCUGAGCAGGAUCCAUUUUUUGAGACACUUAAAGGAAAGGAGGGAGAAAUGGUUGGCCUUAAUAAUGCACUUGAGAAUGGUUGUGUGGUAAAGGCAAAGGAAGUUAUUAGCUCGUCUUGCAUUGAGGAUUGGAUAAUUCGGUUUGCCAAACUGUUCAAGAACCACGUUGGGUUCGAAUCUGACAGAUAUUUGGAUUUUCAUGAACUUGGGAUGAAGCUCUAUUCUGAGGCUUUGGAGGAGACAGUUACAAGUGAAGAAGCACAAGGCCUAUUUGACAUGGCUGGAGAUAAGUUCCAAGAGAUGACUGCUCUAGCAUUGUUCAACUGGGGAAAUGUGCAUAUGUCUAGAGCAAGGAAGAAAGUAUAUUUCACAGAAGAUUCUUCUAAAGAGCAUCUACGUGAACAAAUAAAAAGUUCAUAUGAAUGGGCACAGAAAGAAUAUGCAAAAGCAGGAGAAAAAUAUGAAGCAGCCGUUAAAAUUAAGUCAGAUUUUUAUGAAGGCUUCCUAGCACUAGGGCAACAGCAGUUUGAGCAAGCAAAACUCUCUUGGUAUCAUGCACUCAGUGCUAAUGUAGAUUUAGGAACAUGGCCGUCCACUGAGGUUCUUCAGCUUUACAACAAUGCUGAGGAUAACAUGGAGAAAGGAAUGCAGAUAUGGGAAGAAUCAGAAGAGCAGUACAGUAAAACCUCUAAUUCAAAGGAUGUUAUAUUACAUUUGCAGAACUUGGGGUUGGAUGGGCUGUUUAAAAAUAUAUCGUCAGAUGAAAUUGCAGCGCAGGAGGCAAAUAUGAGGUCUCAAAUAAAUCUCCUAUGGGGUACCAUGCUAUAUGAACGCUCAAUUGCAGAAUUCAAAUUAGGGCUACCGGUGUGGCAUGAAUCUCUGGAAGUUGCAAUUGAGAAGUUUGAACUUGCUGGAGCUUCUCCCACAGAUAUAGCUGUAAUGUUGAAGAACCACUGUUCAAAUAAUACUGCAGUAGAUGGUCUAGGAUUCAAAAUUGAUGAAAUAGUACAGGCAUGGAAUGAGAUGUACAAAGCUAAAAAGUGGCCAAGUGGAGUUCCAUCAUUUCGUUUGGAACCCUUAUUUAGAAGGCGAGUUUCAAAAAUUUAUCAUGCCUUUGAGCUUGUAUGAGUUGCAUCUUUUCUUCAAGUAUGCAUUUGAAGAAUAACAGAGCCAACAGUCACUUAGGCUGCUUCUGUGCCUGAAAUGCUAUUGUCAUCACAAGGUUAUUCUUGCCACUUCUAAGAGUUUGCAUUCAACAUUGUACUCAAAGAAGCUAUUCUUUUCAUUGCGCUUACAUGUUCCAAGAACGGAAUUCAAGUUCCUUUAUACACUGG